UGACAGCCCAGACAUAAUCUGGUGGAAAGAAACGUCAGUGCUUUCUUCAAUGUACACUGCGCAGAUAGCGCAGACUGUUGGCCCGCCCCUGCCGGGAUUCUACAGAUAGUUCGCAAGAGACGUUGGUGAAUGACCUGCCUUUCGUGUGUUGACGUAAACCAGACUGUCACGGUAUUUUUCUCUUUUUUUUUUGGUACCGAGCGAAGAGGAAAUGCACACGGCACUCGAGUGAGGGGACCAGAAGUAAGGGGACAAUGCGAGUCCAAGUACACACCAAGUUCUGUUUCCUGUGUGUGCUCACCUUCCUCUUCCAUCAGUGCAACCACUGCCAUGGAGACGGGCACAACCAUCAGCACGGCGGACAUCACCAUACCAAUCACAGCCACGCCCACAGCGACCUGCAGAUUUCCGAAGCUCCAUACGUGAAAGGACCCACUUUGUCCCCGGAGCCUGUAAGUCGCGAAGGGCAAUCUCUAGAGGAGGAGCAGCGCUUCUACAUCCAGCAGCUAUUCAGGCGCUACGGCCAGAAAGAUAGGCUUGAUUUCCAGGGAUUUCAGAGUCUGCUGUUUAGCUUGGGCCUGGGUGAAGUGAAGGUGGUAGAUGUAGAUCAUGAGGAGCUAGGCCAUGACCACGUAGCACACCUCGACCUGGUGGAUGUGCAGGAUGGGCUUCACUCACAUUCAUCCACCAAUGACGGCCAUAGCCACGGGCACGGUCAUCCACACCACAAAACCGGCUCCCACCAUCCACUCACAGAACAACAUCCGACAAAGUGCAACCAGCAGACCACUGCUGCCAGUCCGGCUGCUGGUGCACCUACAGGACGUGAUCACCAUCAUGGGCAUGAUGCAGAACAUAAUCAUGAUCACACCAAGGUAGAGGAUAGUGACCAUAAACACUCUGAUGGACAGGACAAACAUGGUCACAGACAUAACAAGGAGCACAAACAUGGGCAGGUACAGGUGGACUCUAACCACAAGGACCUGUCUUCUCAACCUCACAGUGAUCACGACCACAGUGACCACGGCCACAGCGACCACGACCACAGUGAUCACGGCCACAGUGACCACGGCCACGGUGAUCACGGCCACGGUGACCACGACCACAGUGAUCACGGCCACAGUGAUCACGGCCAUAGUGAUCACGACCAUAGUGAUCACGACCACAGUGAUCACGGCCAUAGUGAUCACGACCACAGUGAUCACGACCACAGCGAUCAUGAACACGACCACAAUAUUGUCCUCGAAGUGCAGACAGGCACAGCCAUUCCUCCCCUCAGCCAGGAACAGCAGCUCUCUGCCCAGUCGCAGCCGUCCCCAGUCCCUCAAGUGCCACAGUCCACUCCUGCCACCACAGGAAGUCGGCCCAAGAAGCCAGGAAAGCCAGCCAGGGUCAGAGGACAGCGAGGGCGGAACAAAACUUCUUCUCCUCUCACACCUCAGCCUAAUGACCAAGACCAUCAGUCUGAACAUAGUCAUGGCCAUGAUCACAGUCACGGUCACAUCCAUUCUCAGAAAGAUAAGAGGGAGGCACCAGGAGGGCCUGCCAUCCCCACUUUGCCAGUCCCGGUCUUGUCUGGCCACCCAGAAGGAGUGGCUCACCAACAUGAGGAGUGUUUGAACCUCACUCAGCUCCUCGCCUUCUACGGCCUGAGUCCCGAUUCGCUCAUCUCGCCCAGCCAGUUCACCUACCUGUGUCCUGCCCUGCUUUACCAGAUAGACAGUCGUGUCUGCAUCCGCCAUUACCACCAGAUGGAUGUGGAGCAGAAAGCCUUGGAGCCCGUCAGUUCCGUGUGGGUGUGGCUGUGGGGGUUUGUGUCCAUCACCAUCAUCAGCCUGCUAUCUCUGCUGGGCGUGGUGCUCGUACCCAUCCUCAAACAAUCCUGCUUCAAGUUCCUGCUCACCUUCCUGGUGGCGCUGGCGGUGGGCACGCUCAGUGGCGACGCUCUCCUUCACCUGCUGCCUCACUCCCAGGGACAGCACGACCACAGCGAGCCUGCGACGAGUCAGGACACAGAUCUGGUAACAGCCUUUGAUGGAGUGUGGAAGGGCCUAACGGCGCUGGCCGGCAUCUACCUCCUCUUCAUCAUCGAACACUGUAUCGGCAUGUUUAAGCACUACAAAGACCACAGGGGCAUGAAGAAGGGGAGCGAGGAGGGCAAGAUUGGCAGGAAGUUGUCCGAUCACAAGUUAAAUCGGCGCUCAGAUGCAGAGUGGCUGCACUUGAAGCCGCUCAGUGAAGACCCUGACAGCACCGCUGUCUCCUGCGACAACGGUCACAACGACACGCAGCUCACAGAGCUCCAGACGCCCGACUCUCCCACCAACAAGACGCCCCUGGCGCCCACAAUCCCCCAACAAGAGCACCAGUCACCCACUAAGGAGAACAGACGCAAGGUCAAGAAGCACGGACACUCGCACGGACACGGCCACUCUCACGGUGGGAACUGCCACUCAGACCAGGAGAUGAAGGACGCCGGUAUAGCCAGCAUCGCCUGGAUGGUCAUCAUGGGCGAUGGCAUGCAUAACUUCAGCGACGGCCUGGCUAUAGGCGCAGCAUUCAGUGCAAACCUGACAGGAGGCAUCAGUACAUCAGUGGCUGUUUUCUGCCAUGAAUUGCCUCAUGAACUUGGUGACUUUGCGGUGCUGCUGAAAGCGGGGAUGUCAGUGAAGCAGGCCAUUGCCUACAAUCUGCUGUCCGCCCUCAUGGCCUACGUUGGCAUGGUGAUUGGCACAGCUGUGGGCCAGUACACACACAAUGUCACCAGCUGGAUCUUCGCCAUCACGGCUGGCAUGUUCCUUUAUGUGGCUCUGGUGGAUAUGCUGCCAGAAAUGCUUCACGGGGACAGUGAGGACCACAAGCGCUGCCAGCUGGGACACUUUAUCCUGCAGAACCUGGGCCUGCUGACCGGGUUCGGCAUCAUGCUGCUCAUCGCCAUCUUCGAAGACCGCAUCGUUUUCGAUUUUGGCUUUUAGUCGAGAAGGAGAGAAGGGGGUGCUGGGACGCGAAAGCAGGGGAGAGCUGGAUGUAUCAAUGUUGUUCUUCUUGGCCUUAACACGCUUUGUUUGCAAUGUAACGGCCCAGUCUUGCAUGCAAUGUGGGUCCCGUUCACAGCCAGUGCCACCAUUCCAAAACAUGCAGCGGUAGUUUAUGCAUAUCUCAUGACUCUGCCAGUGAUGUUUACACUCCGCUCCUCCAUUACCUCUCUCCUGUCAGCUCCAAUCUGUCUGCUGUAGAGCGAGGCUUCACACCGACAGAGAACACCUCCUCUGCUUUGAACCAGUAACCUCCAUCUUAAAAGAGAGCUGUAGAGAGUAGGGUGGCACAGGAAGGAAGCGCACGUUUUUCUGCAGAGAGGCAGCAGUCACGGCCCAGCAGCUCACCGCCUAUGCAUCCAUCACCUGUUGUUAGUGUGUUGUCGCCGUACACCCCCCUCUCUUAUCCACCCUGUGCUGUGUCCCAUCAUCCAUGCCUCGUACAUCUGUGGUGUGUGUUCCACCCCGCCAUCCAUCUGAUGCCAUCACGCUGUGUAUCAAACGUCUCGUGUCUGUCUGUGCCGAGCCCCGGCCACUGGAGCAGCACCGCAGCAGUGGCGGAGCGCUCAGUUAAGCUUGCUACUACAUCUGGAAUAAACCCUUUAGCUCACGUUGCCUCACCUUCAAAAUGUGUCGACAAGCUAUAAGCUGGAGGGUCAAAAUAGAAAAAGUGUUGGCCGACUUUCCAUGGUAGAUCAUCACUUCUGAGUUAUGUUUUAUUGUCUAAUUAGAUCUUCGGGAUUAUUAAACCUUUGUAGUUCAUAGUUCUAGCUAACACAGCUGCCAAAGCCUUUACAAAUUAGCCUUUAAGAUUUUAAUGUUUUUGUUUAGAGACUAGAUGUCACAAACGUCAGACUGAUAAUAAGGGUUUGACAAUCUGUAGCCAGAGGAGACAUAUCGUCGUCAGGCCUUCACAUUAAACCUUUUUUUAUAAGAAUCCGCAGCUUCAAAAAUGUGAAAUCGGAAAAAAAGAACUAGCUGUUCUCGUCUUCAAUCCAAGUGUUGUAGUGUGCCAGAUUUAUUUAGGGGGCCUCUUUGAGUUCCUAAAAGGUGCUUUGUCCUGUAGUGGACAUUUCAUUACAGCAGGAGGGUGAGUCGUCACACUAAUGCAGAUUCUUUUUGAUGUACUGUAAAUACAUGAAGUCUUGAUAGCGUCAGUAGUGGAGCAGCUAAAAGCUGAUUCUUGUUGCUGCUAAAUAAUAGUUUUAAAAAGUACUUCUGUUAAAUAAUCAGUUCACUUCCUGACAAUCUGAGACUAAUCAAAAGACAGUGCUCUUGUAUCACAGCAGAACAAUAUACAGUACUGUGUGACAGCAUUCCCUGCACUUGUAAUGGAUGUUUACCAGAGUUAUAAAACAAGCAUUCCUCUGGUAUGUUUCUGAGGAUGUAACGUUAUAGUCACUCUGCUGACUGUGCCAAAAGGCCCAAAGUGUGGAUUUUCAGUGGCUGGUGCUUGACACUACGCCCUACCCCUCCCCUUACAUUCCAUUGGCUGUCCCGCAGCUCACAUGCUAAGCUAGUUAGCCUAGCUUCAGCUGCUGGAGCACCCAAAUAAUGUGUGUGGCUUCAUUUAUCCUGUCACUGUGUGACAUCCAUCAUCUAUGUCUCAACUGGCUGUAAAUCAUCGUCAGUCACAUUGGACUCGUGUUAUUGAUCUGAUUGAAUCAUGCAUGAAGCAUGACUGAAACGGUACAGACAUUGUGUUGAGUGUAAAUUUGUUUUCGUUCUUUGUUCCGAAAAAAACUAUUGACAACCUUUGUUACUUUUUUUUAAAUGAACUGUGGGAAGAUCAUGAGGAAUUCUUUGGGGUGUAGUGUAAGUGGUAUUAUGAGCAUUGCUUUUUUUUAUACAGGUGUGAGGACACAUAACUUUUCUGCAUCACUUCUAUCAUUUUACAGACGUUUUAUGUAAUCUUAUGUUCAACACGACUCAAAUGUAUUUUCAUUCUGUUUUAGCACCAAGUAAAGUUAAUCAUUUUCUGUUUUUUUAAACUAUGAGUUUAUUUGACAUGUAUUGAGUUGUUUGCUACAAUUUGCAUUUUGAUUGUGUUUUUUGUAUUUUAAAAGAUUAGGAAUCCUUUUUUGAAACAUUAUUUUUCUUUUGAGUUCCUGUAUUGCCUGUAUAAUUAAAAUUUAAACUAUCAAGUGUGCCCUAAGAGUCAGUGACACUUAAAACACAAUGCCCCAAAGAAUAAGCUUCUUCACUUCUUAUUUGGCAAAGAACUAUCUGUAAAAUGAAGGUCUAUGAUUGUUCUCAUUUUUGCUUUGUUGUAUGUAUGUUUGUUUAGUAUGCUGGAUAUAAAAUGCAAAGUGUGACAUCCUUGCUGUUUGCCUGUCUGUGCAUUCUCCCCAUUACAGAAGGAAAAUAAACUCUGAAAAGAUC